AUGUCCGCUUUCACUCUCUCCGCCAAGCCCGGCACCGACAUCUGGAGCAAGCCCAGCACUCUUACGUUCAACGCUCCCACCAAGCAGCCCUCGUCCGUCACCCACACUGGACCCAUCAAGGCGUUCAAGUCGGCGCGCGUCUCGGUCUCGUUCCCCUGGUCCCAGCAGUACGACCAGGCAGGCCUGAUCCUCGGUUUCCGCAAGACCACCCUCACCCUCGCCGCCCGUGCCCCCCAGCGCUGGAUCAAGACUGGUGUCGAGUUCUACAACGGCGAGCCCCUCCUCUCCACUGUCGGCACCGACAACUUUUCCGACUGGUCGGUCGCCCCCCACCCCGACGGCGAGAAGGCUGUUGGCGCGUCCACCUGGACCACCAUUUCGUUUGAGAAGGUCGAGAGCGAGACUGGACCCUCGAUCUGGGUCUACCUGAUCCGCGCCGACGGCAAGAAGCAGCCCCUGCGCGAGGUCACCUGGUGCUUUGGCAACGACGCCGAGAACUGGAACGUCGGUAUCGCCGCCUACGUCGCUCGUCCCAACAAGGACGGCGCCGAGCCCCUCGAGGCCCAGUUCAAGGACCUGGAGGUCACCUUUGAGUCGUUCAAGCAGGACAUCUGGUACGACGAGGAGACCCAGCCCGAGUAA